ACGGGUUUAACCUGAAGUAUGAGUUACAACCAUUUAAAAAAACUGUUUAAAAUAUUUUAAAAUGUGUACAUUUAAAUUAUAAAAAGGGGAAUUAGAAUACACUCUUAACCCUAAUAUUGAUUUUCUUCAGGCUAUAAAAUGAAUUAAACCUUUUUCGUUCACUUUUACUUAUUAAAAAAAAAAAUUUACAAGAAUGAAAUUGGAACAUCAAUUAUGCCAACUAAAAGUCAAUGUUAGAAAACUAACCAAAAAUUCAAGUUCAAAUCUAAUUAAUGGCAAACGAAGCUGAAGAAACUGUGCGUAAACUAUCAGCGCAUAAAGGCGUUGUAGGCGUAGUUGUCGUAAACGGAGAAGGCAUACCCAUAAAGACAACUUUGGACAACCACGUGUCAGUGCAAUACGCCGGUUUGCUGGGUUCUCUAGUUGACAAAGCGAAGUCGGUUGUACGGGAUCUCGAUCCUACAAACGACCUGACCUUCUUAAGAAUACGGAGCAAGAAAAGUGAAGUAAUGGUGGCUCCUGAUAAAGAGUUUAUUCUGAUAGUUGUUCAAAACCCGGUCGAAUGACGAAGGCUUUUGCCCUUAAGGCUCGUUUUGAUCUAUUUCUCUGUUAUGUAUUAUUUAUUCUUAACUUAGAAGAUUCAUUUCUGUUUCUUUUA